AUGGCUCGCAUCAACGUGGUAGUCAGUUUUUUGGCUGCAUUGGCUGUUGUCCAGGCAGCUCAACUCUUGAACCUCGAUGGCCAGAAAGACGCCGUUCCUGGUUCCUAUGUUGUUGUAAUGAACGAUGGACUAUCAGGUCUUGACUUUGAAUCCCAUGUGAAGUCUAUGGCGAAAGUUCAAAAGGCGAACGCGUUAAAACGGGAUUUUGACAACACAGCCGACGGUGUGAAGUUUAAGUAUAAUAUCAACGGAUGGCAAGCAUACAGCGGUAAAUUCGACAACAAAACGAUACAGAGUAUCCUUGACGAUCCCAGGGUGAAUUAUAUCGAACCCCAGCGUACUUUCAGAGCAUUUGGCUGGGUAACACAAGACAACGCUCCUUCGUGGGGGCUCGGUCGAAUUUCGCACACAUCGCGGGGCAGAAUGGAUUACGUGUAUGAUUCUUCAGCCGGAGAAAAUGUGACCGUUUAUUCUGUCGACUCAGGCGUUGACAUCUCGCAUCCCGAGUUUGAAGGGCGCGCCAUUUGGGGUGUUAACGCGGCGGACAAUUCCGACGUAGACCAGAUUGGCCAUGGAACGCACACUUCCGGGACGAUCGCCGGGAAGACGUACGGAGUUGCAAAAAUGGCUAAAAUUGUUGCAGUCAAGGUCCUGGACGCUGGCGGUCAGGGUACCAACGGUGGUAUCAUCCAAGGCAUUAACUGGGCAGUGAAUCACGCUAGACAAAACAACGUCACCGGUAAAGCAGUUAUGAACAUGAGCUUUGGAGGUGGUCUGUCACGAGCCAUCAACGAGGCUGCCUCCAGCGCAGUUCGAGCUGGUAUAUUCAUGGUGGCAGCUGCUGGUAACAACAAUGAAGACGCGCGAUACACGACACCCGCGAGCGCUAGAGGAGUUUGUGCUGUGGGAGCGUCCACCCAAAACGAUCUCAAAGCCAGAUUUUCCAAUUGGGGCCCAACUCUUGCCGUAUACGCUCCAGGAGACAGAAUUUGGUCGGCAAUGCCCGAUGGCGGCAGGGAUGUCAUGCGUGGGACGUCCAUGGCAGCUCCGCACGUUGCUGGCGUUGCUGCAGUCCUCAUUUCAUCCGAAAAGAUUGGGACUGACAGGCUUUGUGAGCGUAUCAAGGAGCUAUCAGUAUCAAGCAUCCAAUCUCCCGGGGCAGACACUACAGACAAGCUGCUGUAUAACGGAAGCGGCCAAUAA